UGCUGUCCAGCUGUCAGACAAAUAAUAUAAAUGUAGCUUGGUAAUUGGUAAUCAACAUCAUCUAUUCUAGCCUGGUUGUUUGUCACACUGAGUUGCUGUGAGCGGAUUCAGUGAGCAGGAUGCAGCAUUUAUUGAAGGCAUCCAGCUAUGUUCUCUGUCAGGCAUCAAAGACAUGGAAACAGGCGUUUCGUGAUGUAUUUUGUUGUCAUCCAAACAUUGAUCCUUUUAUUGUAUCUAAAAAUGGAUAUUCUACUUUUAUGGACGGACAUGACCCUUAUUAUGAUGAAAGAGCACCUCUCACACCUUCAACUUCAAGAUCUGAUGCGAGUGAGUCUGUGGCUUCAUGCAGUAGAAGUAGUAGUGAAUCGCAUCAGCUUGGCAGUAACAGACAGGAAGAAAUUCGCACAAGUUCACCUGUAUCGAAUCUUUCUACUGUCAAUGAAAUAGGAGCUUUACAGGUGUCUUAUGAUGCUAGUUCUGAAAGCCUUUCAGGAAUUGCAGGAAGUGAGAAGUCACCUGUUGUAAAACAACCUCAGGGAAGCACUCGAGGUUAUGGAACUUGUGAGAUACCCAGUAAAGCAACCUCACCAGUUUUGGACGACGACAGCACAAAAUUACGACAGCGUACGUUUUUAUCACUUUCUGCACCUGCAGGUUUGAAUACGCUUGCAUCUGGAUCUCUGAGUCCCUUAAUAUCACCCACCAUACAGUCCAAGGCUUCAGAAAUUACACAAAAUGAAACAGAGGCGAUUUUCUCCUCUGAGCGGCAAGAACCCGAAGGAUCGUCAGAGAUAAGUGAAGAAGAUGUUAUGAAGUUAGUCAACCUGGUGGAUGUCUGCAUUGAGAAGCCCUUGAGUAUACAAACUGAUAAAGAAUUGCUUGACGUCGUGGAUGCAAGUACAACUCCCCAGCUGAUAUUGGAAGCAAUACACCAUUAUGUUGGUAUCAUGACACCAGAGUUAACAGUAGCCUGCAUCCAUCAUAUUUAUGCGAAAAAUUGUAUCCUGCAUGAACGUAAUUCCGAUGCUUAUAAUCAGAUGUGUGGCACGAUUAUUAAAGAUAAAGAAUUCCGUCGAUUGAUAGCAAUAUUGGAACACAAUGCUCACUCAUUGAACAAUUUUGCUUUGCUAACUGCAGCAUCUGAUCUCUUAUGGUUGCGUCUAACUCUGAAAAAGAAAACAAUACCAACGCUCUUGUCUCAUGUUGAUGUUGAGAAACUCACUUUGGAAGAAUUAAGAUUGUUAUCCAGUUGUCUUCAUACACCCAACAUUCCUCUUGUCAACUCGGAAUACUUUUACAAUGUAUCUGCUUCUGUGGCCAUGCAAGAAAUUCCCAAUAUCGAUGAUGUUUAUACUCUUCUUAACAUCAUGAAAUGCUUUGGACGGUAUUUUUCUACUGAUGCAAAACGUCUCUGUGAGUCUAAAGUUCGAAUGCUUUCAAAUGAAUUAUGGGACCAAUCACCCGAUGGUCGUUCCAAAGCUGCUCAUAUGUUUGAUGCUUUUUAUCGGAUGGAAUAUGCUCCCAAUCGAGCAGUAUUGCAAAUGGCAAGUGACGUCAUUGUAAAAUCAAGCAUACCUAUCCAACCUCAGGACAUAUCUGCUGUGUUCCGCUACUGUGUUAAAUAUGGGUAUGGAUUUCAAGACAUGAAAUUGUUGGAUAAACUCAGCUCAGAACUGCAUAAAAGUCUUGGAACAGAUCGGGCAUCACAAUUUACAACGAAUGUCAAAUGGCUAACAGUGUUUUAUUAUUACAAUAAAGAUUUCAUGCAGAGCUUCGUCGAAUGCAUUAAACGUGAUAUGCAUGAUUUGGACUUUGUAGCACUAAGUGAUGUGUUGGAUGCUCUUGCACAAGUUUACUUUGUUCCUGACGAUGCUGAUGAAUUUUUUGACCAAAUGUAUGCUGAAAUGUUGAAUAAACUACCUACAUUGCAUACAAGUCAUGUCCAUAAUGCAAAAAGAAAACUCUUGCUCACCGCUUUCCAUUUUGCUGUUUAUGGUCGCUAUCCGGAACAACUUAUACAACUUGCUUUAUCUGAAAGCCAGCUUUCAAUGCACAUGGGUCACAGUGGUACAAGACAAUUUCUUGUUGAUCUUUGUCGAGCAGUAAGUGUUGAACGUCCAGAUCUUCUCCCGAAGUACUUACCAGUGCAUUUGCUUCAAAACCAUGGAAGACCAAAGCUAUAUGCUUUUGAAAAGGAUGUCCAGAAUGUUCUUCUUUCUGUGUGUAGCAGAAACUUCUUUCAGUUAAUGCUUUCUCCUGUAUGUUUUUUUCCAUUCUUUUUACUGCAACUGAGACUUGAUGGUACUUUAUUACCGAUACAUCAACCUGGAUUUAUUCCUGCACAUCGGCAUCAAAUGGUACAAAAUGUGGCAGUUAUCCCUCUGCCCAGAUCUCGUUUCUGUCUUGGAUCCAAACACGCUAUUGGAAAAACAAGAUUAGUUCUACGUCUGUUGAGAGCGCAAGGUGCCAGAGUUAUCACGAUUCCUCAUUAUGAUUGGGACAACAAAACUAACGAGUACAAGAUGAAUUUGCUGCAAAACAAGAUUUUCAAUCAAAAAACUGAUGAUGUGGUCGAAUAAUUAAUAAAUAUGUUGUGAUAUGUAGUGACAGUAUAUGUCUAUUACAUGCAUGCAGUGUUUAUUGAUAAAUAUAUAUGUAUUGUGGGACAGUAAUGUUCAUCUAUACAUGGCCAAGAUAAUAUGGCAAAUACUUUGUUCUAAUCAUAUAGAGCUCAAAAGCUUGUUUGGGUAAUCCAAUGCUUCAAUCAUCAUGUUUGUAUAUUUUGAAUACAGAAAGAACUUGUUAUUUUCAUUUCUAUUUAAAAAGUAAAAUCAUAUGUAAUGUAAUCAUUCAAAAAAAUGUCAUAUGAUAUAAAGUAUAAACUACAAAAACAUUUCGUAUUGUCAAAUAUUGAUAUGGUACUGUUUAUCUCCUUGCACUGUUAACUUUUACAUUUUUUGAGAAGCUAUGCCAUGUUCACCUUGUAAUGCACUGUGUUAUAUUUGCGAUAUUACCUAUCUAUUUAAUUUUAAUUGAUUAGGAUUUCUUUAGUUCCUUCCUUGAAUACUUUUAGAACAAAAUCAUAUUUUAACGGUGCAUGGAAACUACAAUCUAUUAGAUUAUGAUAACAUUAGAUCCCUAACAUCAUGGAUCAUGAAAUAGUAUAAUGAGAGCUGUGGUGGAAUUCAAAAACUUGAAAAAAAUCGCCUUAUUUAAAAAAGAUUCGUUAUUUAAGAGCAUACCCUAACCCUAUAAACCUAACUUUUUUAAUCACAAAUACUUGUUUUACAACAAAAUGCUCUUGCGAUUUUUCCUAUGUAUUUAAUACACGACUUUCGAAACUCCAAAUGCAAUACCGGUAACAGUUUUCAGCUGGGGUGCAUAUUCCCCAUGUGCUGCAGUCAUCCAAUAUUUAAACAAAAUCGGGUUCGCUCAUUACAAUGACAUUCCAGAAACAGGUCCUGAACCCCACCACUGAAUAUGGUACGAAACCAACAAUUGUUGCAACUGCCUAAAACCAUAGCUCAUAAACCUGUGUGAAUUUAGCUUUUAAGCAUGGUCCGCUCUAUCAUUGUUGUUGUAUUGCCUUAUAUUUAUGUUAUUCAAAACGUUUUUAAUGUUGAAUGUUGCACUCAAAAUAAUAAACCCAUGUUGAAAGUAAGAAAUUUCUUUUUAAUGUCAUUUGGAUGGGGCUAUCAUGUGAAAUAGCUCUGACAGGGUUCUCAAGAAAAGUGUUUCUUCCAUACCAGUCGAAUAGUUUGCAACUACCAAAGAGCCCUUGUUUUGUAGAUUGAUCCCUACCUCACCUCAUGGACGAAGAGAAGGAAAAUUCAUACUGAACAGAAUUGCGGGGUUGCCCAACCAAAUCCUUUACAUUUCACUAUAACAAAGACACCAAGCACCAGAUUUAACAUAUUUUUAUCAGAUUGACAUUUAAAUAAUCAAAAAAGAAAGCAAUACUUUCAACUUAUUAAAGCAUGCACCCUGAUCCUAGUGGCUAACACAUAAGAUUUAUUAUUCAUUAUGUUGGUGUCACAGGUUUGAGAUCUUUCUGCCCACCACUUCACAAAACGCUUCCAAAUUUUCUGGGCUAUUUCAAAAAGGAAAAUCUCACUGUUCCAUGGCUCAUUACAUAUCAAUGGCUGCUUGCACAGAGCCUGGUCUGGAGAAAGAUGUGAUAAACCUCACUGACAAA